CAGUACUCUUAUUAUGCCUGGAGCAUUAGAAGGCGAUCUUUUCUCUCUUCAAAGUAGAGCCAGUCAUAUGUUUUAGAGUCGUAUUUAACUUUUGCUCCACCGCUUAAGUAAUAAGUACCCACUUUAACAUCGUCUGUCGCCAAAGGUGUUCAACAGCGAUUUAGAGAGUCCUGAGUCUGACUUUACUGAGAAUGUGUAGCCAGUUACAACUACAAACCUCAACACUCAAACAUCAACCAGACUCACAGAUGAGGGAAACUUGAUUUUAUACCAUAAAUUCUUAUUUAGUGUAUUUGCCUUGGACCUGAGAGUCUAUAUUUUUAAUAAGCACCCUAGAUUAUGUGAUGGAAAAAUUCUUUGUUUUGUUUGUGUUUGUUUUCUUGUCUUUGUUUUGUGGUAGUGGGGAUCAAGCCUAGGGCCUUCACGUGGGGCUACCUCCCCAAAUUUUUGUGCAUGUGAAGUCUUUAAGUUGCUCAAAGUUGUGGAACGUCUAUCUUACCUCCCAAACGUGCAAGGAUCACAGGUGUGCCCCGUAAUUCCAGCCCUAAUGAGAAAAGUCUUAAUCGUCACAUUAGAGAAGUGCUUCAUGGUAGAUGAAGAGAACUACUGAAAAUGUUUUGGAAAUGAGCAACUCAAUUUUUGUUUUGGGCAUAUCUCAGAAUUAUUUUCUCACUAAAAAUGUCACGGACCACCCACCGCCUCAUCUGCAAAAACAGUAUGGAAGAUACUAGGGGCUUUCAUUGAACAUAGAAUACUAUUUCUGCAACCUGUGUUGUAUUUCAUGACCUCACUUCAAAGUGUCUCACAUUUCCUCACAGUCAGAGCACAAACUUCCUUGCCACACGGGCAACCUCAGCAUGGUGGCAGAGUGCCAGCUCAUGGGCCUUUCCAACAUCCGGGAACUGCAGCUGCUGCACGCGGGGCUGUUUCUGCUGGUCUACGUGGCAGCGCUGGUGGGGAACGUGCUCAUCGUGGUGGCCAUCACUACUGAUCGGCGUCUGUAUUCGCCCAUGUACUUCUUCCUGAAGAACCUCUCCUUUCUGGACUUGUGCUACAUCUCCGUCACGGUGCCCAAGUCGAUCCACAGCUCCUUGGCCCGCAGCACCUCCAUCUCUUACCUUGGUUGCGUGGCUCAAGUCUACUUUUUCUUCGCUUUUGCCUCUGCUGAGCUGGCCUUCCUCACUGUCAUGUCUUAUGACCGCUACCUGGCCAUCUGCCAUCCCCUCGUGUACGGCACUGUGAUGACGCCAGUAAAAUGCCACCAGAUGGUAGCCAUCGCCUGGCUGAGCUGCUUUUCCUAUGCCUCGAUCCACACUGGCAACAUGUUCUGGGAGCAGAUUUUGCAAUCCAAUACCAUCCACCAGUUCUUCUGUGACAUCCCUCACGUGCUGGCCCUGGUUUCCUGUGAGGUUUUCUUCAUGGAAUUCGUGGCCCUGGCUUUGAGCUCAGGCUUGGUACUGGGGUGCUUUGUUCUCAUGGUCAUCUCCUACUUCCACAUCUUCUCAGCCGUGCUCAGGCUGCCGUCGGUGGAGAGUCGAGCCAAAGCCUUGUCCACCUGCUCCCCGCAGCUCGCCGUCAUCCUGCUCUUCCUCACCUCUGGGCUCUUUGCUGCCUUGGGACCAACCGCAGAAACUUCCUCCACACAAGACCUGGUCGUUGCUCUGGCUUACACAGUUUUGCCUCCCUGCCUAAAUCCCAUCAUCUACAGCCUUAGAAAUAAGGAGAUCAAAACCGCUGUUUGGAGGCUGGCGGGGAGGAUGCUGGCUCUGUGAAAGUGGAAUUCUCCUCUUGGUGGCGGAAGAUUGCAACAAAGACCGAAAGACAAUGAUCCCGUAUGACAAAAGA